AACCGCCGCGCCGGAGUGAAGUGACAGGACCGGAGCUCCCGGCGUCCCUCAGGCGAUUGACAGCAGCGAAAACCAAUAGGAAGGCGCUCUCGGAGCAGCGCCGCCAAUGGGCACGGGGUGGGGCGGGGCGGCGGUGCUGCCGGGCGCAGCCAUGCUCCGCCGCUCGCUAUGGCUCUGUCUCUGCCUCUGCUCCUGCCCGGGCCGCGGUUUACGUAUCCAUGAGUACCUCUAUUUCCAAGUGCUGAGCCCUGGAGACAUCCGCUACAUCUUCACCGCCACGCCGGCCAAGGAUUUUGGUGGGGUGUUUAACACAAGGUACGACCAGAUCCACCUGGUCCCAGCAGAUCCCCCCGAAGCCUGCGGAGAGCUGAACAAUGGUGUCUUCAUCCAGGAUCAGAUCGCCUUGGUGGAGAGGGGGGGCUGCUCGUUCCUGUCCAAGACACGUGUGAUCCAGGAGCACGGAGGACGGGCGGUGAUCAUUGCAGAUAACGCCUAUGAUAAUGACAGCUUCUACAUCGAGAUGAUCCAGGACAGCACCAGAAGGACGGCUGACAUCCCCGCUCUCUUCCUGCUGGGCAGGGAUGGGUACAUGAUCCGACGCUCCCUGGAGCAGCACGGACUCCCAUGGGCUGUCAUCUCCAUUCCUGUCAAUGUCACCAGCAUCCCAACGUACGAAAUGAUGCAGCCUCCCUGGACCUUCUGGUAGAGGUGGGAAGACUGCAGCAGAUCGAGGACUUCUUGGUGGAUCCCAGGAGCUUGCCCAGGAAUCAGGUGUGAGGGAGGGGUCCUGGCUCCAGAAAUCCCACCAGCCUCACCAGAUUUGGCAAUGGUUACAACCUUUAUGCUGCCGCUGGCGUGUAGCUGAACAGCAGAACAGCCCAAGGUGAUACCUUGAGCCUGGCACUGAACAAACUUCAUUGUGACUCUCUGGGAGGGCAGCGCAGGCCAGUGCUUCCCCGAGAAACAUUUUAACAGUGCUGAGAUACCAACAGUAGUUUGCAUUGCCGAUUUAGGGGGUUGCAGUAUUAUAUGGAUGCAGUCCAAAGGGGAGGGGAGGGAGCAUUUGGCACGGGCUUGGUCUGUUCUAGCAGGGCUCAUCCAACAUGUGUAUAUUUUUGUGUGAGCUAAUGAAGUGUGAAUGAGUUUUAG